CAACAUUAAAAAUAUUUUUUUUUAAUUCUUUUUUCUGUAACUAUUAUCUUUUUUUACUUUUUUGUUUUAAAAAUAUAAUAUAAUUUGAGAAUAUUUUGUUUCCUUUUUUAAAAGAUAUCGAAUUUGAAAUAAUGAAAUCCUAUUAGUUGGUGAAUCUAGAGGUUCACCCUAGGGGGUGAACCCAAGAAUGACUCUUUAUAGUGCAACAUUGCCUUUUCCUUGCCAUAUAUUGGUUAUGAUAUUGGGCCGUAGAAUGUGUUUGACAGGGGCGGACGCAGGAAGGCUUUGGUGUGGCAUGUGCCCAAUACAAAAUAUAUUUUUUCCUUUAAUUGUUUUUUUUUUGUAAAUUUUUUUCCUUUAAUUAUUAACAGAAAAUUAAUGUAGAUGCCCUCGAUCUAAACAAGUUUUACACUGUAUGACCCAUACUAAAAAGGUGGCUUGAUCCGCCCCAGUGUUUGAAGUCAAUGGACUCGGGUUUACACGCCCAAAUUGUUUUUUUACGUAUAUGUUUUAACUUAAAUCAUAUCCAUUGAUGAGUGAUGACGACAAAUAAAAAGACAAGUGCAUAAUCCCAAUUGGAGUUGGAUAAGUGGCAUAAAGCAAAGUUUUAAAAAUUCUACAUAUGUACUAUUUUAUUAUAUUAUAUUUAAAACAUAUAGUGGAACCACUUGUUUGGUUUCUGUAUUUGGAUUUUCUUCUCUUUAUAUGUUUGAAAACUUUUCUUUUUACCUUAUUAGCCUAAUUUAUUAUUACGGUAAAAACUCUAUAAAUUAAUAUUCUAUAUAUUGAUAAACAUUAGAAAUUAAUAAGUUUUUUUUAUCCCAAGUUAAGUCGGUCCAAAAUAUAACACAAAUCUAUAAAUAAUAAGAUAAUAUUUUUCAAGAAAUCUCAUGUAAAUAUAUGGUUCCAUUAAAAUCACAAAUUAAUAAUAUAUCUAUAUAUAUUUGAUAUAAGUACAAACUAAAAUUAUUUUGUUGGUUUUAUAUUCACAAUGAAAAAACCUAUAUAUAUUCUUAACAUUUCAAUAUAUUUUGAUAAUAUUUAGUAAAAUUAUACUGAAACCACAUUUAAAUUAUAUGAAACAUAAUAAACUACACCAAAUAAUAUAAUAAAACAAUAUGAAAAUCAAAGUUUUAAAAUUUAAUUAAUGUAUAUACGGUAAAAUCAAAUAUUUCCCUAUUCUAUAAAUAAAAUAUUCAUAAAUAGAAAAAAAUUGAAGUAUGAAACUUUUUGUAAAUUAAUAAAAUAUCAUAGUCCCAACGUUAUUAAUUUAUAGAGUUUUAUUGUACAUUUGUUUCAUACAAAGCACUAUAUUUACCAUUCUAAUUUGUUAACUUCAAGCAUGCUAAUUUUGUGUGUCUCAUUCGAAUUUCUUAAAAUUUAAAAGUGGUCUUUUAAUUACGACUAUUCACAUAUAGUUAUAGAUGUAGGGACCAAUUGGCCUUUUGCACACCAGUAGAAAUGCAUGUGCGUGAAAAAUAAGAUUAGGCUACCUAAUACUUCAAUUAAAGUACUUCGUAGACUACAUCAUCUAUUGGUUUAAUUAAUCUAACAAAAUACUAAGCAAUUCUCCCAUUUUUGUCAGUAAUCGAUGUAUGGAGCUGGUGCAUAUCGUAACACAGAAGGGCACAAAAAGCACAAUUCAAAGGGUUAAAUAUAUUGAUUUGUAACGUAUGAUGUACACUUAGGGGCGAAAGGUUAUGUAUUUAACUCAUUGUUAAGAGUUUUUUUAAAUGUCAGAAACUGUCAUAUGAUCUGUCAUUUGAUUAACUAAAACUAUCGCAAUCUACAUUAAAAAAGUUGACACUAAAACUAUCGCAAUCUAAGUUGAAGUAUAUUAGUGUUUUCUUACGAGUCUUCUUUUCAUGAGAAGAAAUAUUUCCUUCCUUUUUGUAGUAACGUUUGAACAUUUUCUUACUAGUGUUACCAUACCGUGAAUAAAAGACUAUAAACGUUUUAAAACGGUAAUUAGGUUUUGAACUUUAAAUCUAAUUAAAUCGAGAUACAUAGAAUCAUAGAUUCAUAUGAUAAUUGUUACCUGGUAUAACAAAUUAGAUCGUUUAAGUAUAUUUUAAAAUGCUUUUUUCAGUUAUUUCUUCAACUUGCUAGUAUCAUUUUGGAUAUCCGUCAGCCACGAUAAAAGUUUAACACUUUAAAUAUAGAAAAAAAGAGCCGCGAUAAAGGUUCAACAUGCCAACAAUUUGAUAUUACGUAACUAAAGUGUAUAAAAUAGUACGACAAAGAAAAAAAAUAGUACGACAAACUAAAACCUAAUUUUAUAACUAAUUUUCACGAUUAAAGAAAGAAACUAAAAUAUAGAUAAGACAAAAACAAAAGGGUAAUGGUGUCUGGCGAUUAUCCGCUAAUUAAGACCUAAACGGCUAAACCUGUGACACUCUGCACUUUUAGUCGACUGCAACAGUUAUAUAAUUAUACGUAGUGUACAUAUUUUAAUCACAGUAUAAAUGGUACGUGCAUUUAAAAUUUUAUAAUUCUAUCGUGACGAUGUAUACUUUCAUAUAUAUGUAUACAUAUAUGUAUAUUAAGAUAUCUAUAUGCGGUCGCUGGUAUUGUGCGAUCUAUAUAUGUACAACAGGAAAAAGUGAUUAUGUUUUAAUUGACAUUUAUUUUAUCUACGACUUUCACAUUUUAUAUGUAUACAAUUGACUAUUGGAUGUGAGUGCGACAUGCGCACACGAGGAAAUACAACUCAAAAUCGAUUGCGCAACUUCUCAUGCUACCUAGAGCCUCAUCUAUCUCUAGUAUUUUCGUAAGACUAUAUCGAAAAUUAAAUAACUGCAUUAUAUCUAAGUACCACCUAUUGAUCCAUCAAAACUUUAAAAACAAAACUAAUAAAAUAAUUUAAUUUAAAUAAAUUAAUUUUUAAUCCUGGAUAAAAAUGUAUCAACUAAAAGGUGCCAAGUGUUUUCUUCAAAAAAAAAAGUGACAAGUGUUUACAGAAAUUCCAGUGAGGUUUUUUUAUAAAUAAGUUAUCAUUUACCAUUAUUUUCUUAUUAUUUAUUAUUCUGGUUUUAAAUGCAAGAUUUUUUUUGAGAGAACAUUUCAAUGAAAGUGUUUUAAGUAAUUAAAAAUAGAAAAAAAUCAAUAUGACCUGUACAUGAAAUGUGUGCUUGAUAAAAUGGUUUAGAUUUUUUUAACAUUAAUUUUAACUAAAUAAUUUUUUUAUAAAUACUCACUUAAAGAUUUUGAGUGAUGUGGAUGUUAUUAUCGUUAGAUUUUCACAUUAAACAUGUGGAAGAAGACCUCGAUAUCGAUAUGUAUAUAUAGUUCUUUACACAUCAAGACCGUAAACUGUAUAACUAACUUGAGAGAACAAGCAUAAUUAACAGAUGUAAUUUUGUUUUGAAGAUUCAAACAUAUGAUGGGACCAACUUUAUUUGAACAUUGAAUAACUAUACACGAGUAGAAAAUCAUUAAGUUUAUUUUUGUUGAAAAAAAAAACUUAAACUAAUCAGAAACGAACAAGGUGAGUACCUUCCAUAAAUCAGUAGUAGUAUAUAAACCCAAAGUUCGGUCCAAUUAUGUCGACCAAAACAAUUCACCAAAAAAGAAUCUUAUCAUUGUCUCGAUAUAUAUUAUAUGCAAAUAUCUCGACAACCUUACGAAACAAAACCUUGGCAGAAUCGUAUCUGUCCAGCGGAAACUAUGGUGAAGAUUCAUCCCGACCAUACGACCUCCGGGGCCGGAGACAUAACAAGUUCGCCGUACUUGACAACGGAGAAAGAGAGUUUCACGAUUUGGAUGAAGUCGUUGGUGUUUAAUACAAAUGGCUGCACCGUCUUCGAUUCUAAAGGAAACAUAAUUUAUCGUGUCGAUAAUUAUAACUCUAAGAGCUGCCGUGAAGUUUACCUCAUGGAUUUACAUGGUCAUGUCUUGUUUACCUUACGUAGCCAGAAAUUUGGAUUAUUCAAGACUUGGGAAGGAUAUAGAUCACCAUCGGGGACAUCUGAUUCAACAACAAACUCAGAAUAUUUUCGAGUGAAAAGUAAUAUUUUUCAGGUUCCGAGUAAAGAUUCAUAUUCUUCUUAUAGAGUUCUAACGGGAUCGUGUAGAAAGAAUGAACAAUAUCAUUAUAAGAUGGUAACUCGGGGAUCAAGUUUAGGAAUCGAGGACAUUUGUGGAAGAGUUGUGGCAGAAGUGAAGAGAAAACAAUCGAGGAAAGGUUUGGAGUUUGGAGACGAUGUUUUGACGAUGGUGGUGGAGUCACAAGUUGAUCACUCUUUCAUCAUUGGACUUGUUUUAACUCAUAGGCUUAUCAAUCGUAAACUGUAAUAAAGGUGGUGAAAAUUUUGAUUAAAUAGUUGAUAACUAAUUGCUGAUUUUUUUUUAACCUCCACAUAUUUUAUAUCGAUGUUGCUAAUGAAAGUACAACUGAUGUAUGUUACUUGUUAGAUUGAAGGUUCGGUAAAGUGAGUGUAAGCUCUCUUUUUUUUCAUUGAAAUGUUUGAGAGUUUAAAGAUGAAGACAAUUAUAAUUAGGGUAAAUCUCCAAAAUAGCACCUUUCUAAGUUUAUAUCACAAAAAUAGCACUCAAAAACUAAAAUGACCAAAAUAACAUUUUAUCUUUUGAAAAAUUUAAAUUUUUUUAUUUUUCAAAAUUUGAAAUCUUAUCCCCAAAACCUCACUUCUCAACUCUAAACCCUAAAACCUAAACUCUAAACCCUAAACCCUAAAUUCUUAACCCUAAACCCCACCCCUUAGUGCUAUUUUUGUGACUUUUGGCAUUGAGUGCUAGUUUGGGAAGAAAAACUUGAUUUAGUGCUAUUUUGGUCUUUUUCUCUUAUAAUUAUUCGAGAUAUCGAUUUAAAAAAUAAUUAGGUUAUGGUAAUAUAUAUGCUAAAGAGGUUAAGGUGCCGACAAAAUUCCGUAAACUAGUAUAAAGCGAGUUGGAGUAUGAUUAGUUAAGUACCAGCAAAGUCCCAAUUACAGUAUAAAACUUUCUCAGUGAUAUUUAAGUCCCUUCCUAAUAGAAGAGCACCGUUACUCUUCGUUGAACACUAAACGCAGCACCAUAUAUGGAAACACAUCUGUGUAGCUCAGUUCAGCUAUUGGUUGCACUAGCUGAACAAUUCUGGAAAUAUCUUGCAGAGUAGCACCAAUCUUUGCAAUUUCUGCAUUAGGAUAAUUAGGAUUAGGGUAUUGAGAGUUAUUCUUCCAUUCUAAAAAGAAGAAACAAGACGUAGAUGAGGCCAUGCUUUUGUGUAAAAUUACCUCCCAACACAAUGAGCAAGCCGUUUUUGAAAUGGUUAAAGAUGUUCUCUGGUUUAUAAUUUGUAGAAUUAACAUAUUUUCUAAUCAACAAGAAAAAGGUAUAUAAAAUAAAGUAAUGUUGACAUAUAUAUGCAAUAAUGUAAAUAUAUACUAUAAUAUUUGUUCGUGAAUAAGAAAGUCAUUUUUAAGAAAGAGGAAAAGUUUCAUUCAGCUAAUUCAAUGCAAUUUACCUUCCAAUAUAUGCCAUAAUUUAACAUGAAUGCACACCUAAAUCAAACUCAAGACAAAGCAAAAAAAAAAAAAAA